UCGUAAAAACUUAUUUGAACAUUUAAAAGGCUUUAUAUUGAAAUAAUAAGGUAUAAAAAUGAUAAAACGGCCACAAAGUGGUGAAACCGAAGAGGAUAUAUUGCGUAUGCAAAAUGAGUUUUUAUCGCAACGGGCGAAAAAUCCAAAACUCCAACCGGCAGCGCAGUUCGUUAAAGUGCCAAAAGAAACCAAAAAAUCAUUGUUUGUAAGGAGCCGCCAGAAGGCAAGUGAAAAUAAUGCUAAUGACAAUGCAGAGCAAACGCGUAAAAGCGCAACGUCAGUUCCGACAGUCAAGCAGGAAAUCUUAGGAGAAAUACAAGAGAAGAUUGUUGGAAAUUUGGACACAAGCAAUGUGGAAAAGUUUAGUGAGAUAGUACUUGGGGAUAUUGUAGAGAAAAAAUUCGAUGCACCAAUGCUAAAUGACGAUAUGGAAGUUGAAGAAAAUAUCGGGUUUCCAACAAUCAAAUUAACUACAUUGGAAAAAUCUACAAAAGCUGGCAAAAGUAUAUUUGCAUCUGGUGGUCUAAGUAAAAAUCAGUCCAUGAGAAGCCAAGUACCGGCACCCUCAGAGGAUUUGAGCAAGAUGUAUGGUAACGAAAGUGUGAUAGUCAGCAAUUCUGCAAUUGCUGCAGAAGUGCAUAAACAAAACUUAGAUGUUUUGAGCAAAAUGAGUAGAGAUGACAUCUUAGAAGAAAGGGAGAAACUUUUGAAUUCUAUAGACCCCACUCUGUUGGAAUUGCUGAAAAAGAGGCGACAGGACAAAUCAAAUCAAGCGCUUCCUUCAAGCACUAUAAGCACUAUUAUUAAUACUAAACCUUCUGAAAAGUUUGAGAAACAAGAACCUAUGGAUGUUAGUUCCGUUAUAACACCAAGCAAUGCCGCAUAUGAUAUAUUACAACAAAGUGAGGCGGAAAAUUGGGUACACUUCGAUGUAGUUGAGACUGAUAAGCUUAAAUGGAUGCGUGAUAUCGGAGAAAGCACGACGAAUGUAAAGCCGGGUGAACAAUUUGAGGCGCGUUUCGAUUGGAAGGGUGUACUACUGCCAUACUCGGUUGAAAAUAAAUCAGAAGUGAUACCUGCUCCCGCAAAAGAUGAUAGAGAACUUUAUCUGCACGGAGAUGAACCGCAUAGACCCGGUUACACGCUGCAAGAACUUUUUCGCUUGGCACGCUCGAACAUUAUGCAACAGCGCAUAUCGGCAUUCGGUGCGAUUGGUGGAAUUCUAAGCAUUUACAACCAAGGCUUUUAUGAUGGUGUCCUAGAGUUGCCAAUUUCGAAAAUAUUCUUCCUACUGCGUCUCGGACUGGAUGACAACACACCAGCUGUGCUGGAAGUUGUAACAAGAGCGCUGGCUUUUCUCUUUUACAACGAGGCAGAUGAGACUUUACUGGACUUCAUUUUCGAAAAUCCAGGCUGUCAUUGGCAACCCAGUUUGGAGUCAGCCGACAUGAGUACUGAUUUUAAAGAUCUGAAUGCAUUAGAAAAUUUACAAAAACAAAUGCAACAAUUACAAAUGCACGAGGAAAGCAAUCGUUCCAUGUUUCGUAGUGACUUCGAAGAGCACGAAAAUGAGAGUAAAACAUCCAUGAGCGAUUUUCAAUUGGCGGAAACUAAUCUCAUCGAAUGCCUGUUGCGUACAAAUAUUCUGCAACGCAUCUAUUUUAUUUUGAGCGCUGUCAAGCCGGAAAACAGCACAGUUACGUCGUGCCUAAAACUACUCAUACGCUUGGCGCGCACAAAUAAGGAGAUCGCAGGAAAAAUUGUCGCCAAUAACGAGCUAAUACAGUGUCUCUUCGCGCAUUUCUUGCCAGACUUAACGCACACGGAAGCAAACUUGUCCACGGCGCAAUUUUAUUAUCAACCACAAUUCUUAUGCCUAAAACUCGUGCGUAUUUUAAUUACACAAAAUCUCGGCAUCGCUGUGCGCUUGAUGAAUAUGCAGCUGUCGGAUAUACUGAUCAACUAUUUGUCGUUCCGCUGCGAUAUUAAAGAUGCCAUGAUUAAAGUGCAAAUUGAGUGCUUGCGCAUUGUGCGUUGCCUGCUGCUGCUGCGUAUUGACGAUUCGCUUUACAGUUCUCCCAAACGACUCUUCUCAGCGUCUGUCUACAUGUCGUAAAUUGGCACAUACAACGCGAUGAACAUAGAUAUUUUAACGAAUUUAUUACGAAAUAUUUGCGUGAUUUUUUACUUUCCGCAUCGUUUAGGAAAUGUGUCAACCAACUAAUUACCUCCUCUGUAAUUCUACGCAAGUCAGGCGAUCGCCGUUAUGUGCAUACACCGCUACCUAAUGUAGGCGCUGUGCUAUUGCAUGAGGACGGUCCCCAGUUGAUUAUACCGCAAGCAUAUAGCCUUUUUCUACUAAACACCCUGUGGUCUCACAUCGAAUUACAAAUAUCUCGAAGUCACGAUGAAGCCCAUAAGCCACUAUUAUAUGCUUUGAUGACGCCACCAAUAGCGGAGACUUUUGUACAAUAUCUCACCUUGCUCUCCAACAAUUUGAAUCAUUUUUUAUGCAGUAACUUUUACACGAAAAUCGAAGUGCAGUUCGUUUAUAAGUUGCUGGGCUGCAGUGAAUUGCUGCAGCACUUCAACUCCUCGCAAAUACUACAACUCGUCUAUAAUUAUUUGUGUUGUCUCGGCGCCGAGCAUAUACUGGAGAUAGAGCAACUUUUCGAGCGUAUAAUAUUCAAUACGCAGUAUUUAAAUGUGUCUGAGUCGGCGUUAAGCAAAUGGAAGGAGGUUUUUAUCAGCUUGGCGCAGUCGCACUACAUUGUUGUGGAACCUUCGAAUUUGAGCUUGACCAAGUCAUCACACACCAGCGCUAUUUUAACGCGUGAUUGGCCUUACUUUUUCUUCAAAAUCAUCUUACAAAACUUCCUUGAUAAUGCGCCACAAAAGAUAACGGUCGAUUUCUCUGAACGUGAUAUUUUGGAAAUGACUCUCACACUCGUCACCGAGUUGGAGGAUUCGAGUUCGAAUUUGAAAAUUGUAACGCCUACCGAAGAACUUAUGUACGCUAUGACUGCGUUUAUGGGCCCCGAAAGUGAAUUUCUGAAUGAGGAAAUACGUCCGUUGCUGCGGAAACAUUUGCUGCGUUUUUAUGACAAAUAUCAGAAUUAUACAUUCGAUUUGGAUAAGGCGGUCAUAGGCAAGUGCAAGUUCGAGAGUUUAUACUCCUUAUUCGUCGAUCACUUUCAAGCCACCAGCUACGGCGAUGAAUUAUUCGGCUCCUUAAUACUGGUGCCAAUGGCGCAGAAAUACGACAGUAAGUGGCGUCGUCGUAUGUGGUCGGAUUAUGCGCCUGCGCUGUGUUAUCUGAAUUGUGAUGAAUCGCUGCUCAUAAAUGGCUUGGGCGCGUAUUUUGAGCCCGCCGAACAGGAUGAGUCUUUAAUUAAAGCCUACGCGCUCAUUCUGAAUACGAACGAAGUGCGUGUUGGCACUAUACCCUAUAAGAUUGCAAAAUAUCACUUGGAACAUUUUAAAAAGACAUCGAAAAACUAAAAAUAAUUUAAUAAAAAAUAUAUUAUAAAGUGAUAAUAAAAAACUUUCUAUUCAUAAUAUUUAUAAUACUACAUUUAACAAUGUGAAAAUUUGCUACAAAACCUCAUUAAUAAUUAUCAUUGGCAAUGGAAUCCAACAAAUGAGCAAAAAAUAAAGUUUUUGAGUUUUCGAAAAUACGAAUUUUCGAAAUUUCGAAAUACAAGAAAUCCAGCAAAUCAGAAAUUUCCGUCAAAAACAAAUGUUUCUGAGUUUUCGAAAUUA